CAAUUCAAUCUUUCAUUUUCUUCGUCGCAGACGUUCAUGGCAUCCUCCUUCUCACUCUCCAGCUUCAUCUCGUUCAUAUCUCCGUACAAAUCGCAGACGAAAGCUCCUCCUCCGCAGAAUCUCCCUCUUCCUUCUCCGGCGGUCUCUCAGAGACGAAGAGAUGAUCUCGCUCUAGCAUCAAUGGUGGCCGAGGAGCCUACCUCCGCCGAUUCUCCCGCGUCGCUGUCCUCUGAGCUUGCCUCUGUGAUUUGUCCAUCUCUCGCGUACGCGAACACGCUCUUCUUCAGCUCGGGCUACAACGUGCAGGUGCUCGUGGAUGAGAACGAGCCGGAGGAGAGGCUGCUGAAUCGGUUCAGAAGGGAGGUGAUGAGAGCAGGAGUCGUUCAGGAAUGCAAGCGGAGGAGAUACUUCGAGAACAAACAGGAUGAGAAGAAGCGGAGGACCCGCGAAGCUGCCAAGCGAAAUCGGAAAAGACGACCUCUGUCGAGGUUUUCUCAGCAGAACAAGGAAGAAGCUACCAAAAGUAAGAAGGAAGAUGGAGAGGAGGAUAACUGGGACAUGCCUGAUGGAGAUACACCUUACUGAUCACGAAUAUCGCAGAAUUCUAAAUCUCGGCUCUUUCAAGUUCUGAUUUUUAAUUAUACUUCUACCUGUGUAAGUUGCUUUGCAUGACUCAGAUUCUGUAAAUCCCUUUUCCUGGUACCUUGUAAUGUUUUUUUCUGCAGAUAACUUGUUUCAGGCAAUAAAUUUGUUCUUAUUCA